GUCUAAGGCGUUGUCGACCCUGUCUCAAGUUUGUGAUACUAUUGGGCCUGAUAUCAUCAUUGAGAUAUAAGAAGUUGUCUCCCCAUUGAAAUUCUUGAACCUUUCUGUCUAUGACUUUCUUGGUAUUAUCUCAUCUGCUCAUUAUUUGUUUCCAUCUCCAUCGAUAGCCGGGCUGCUGUCAUUCUUGACAUGCCUUCCCAUAAGCCGCUAAUCAUCGACGUUGGUGCCCAGUCGCAAAAUACACCAUCUUCUUUCGCUGAAAAGGAACGAGGAAACGCAACCUGGCACACUCUCUUGUCUUCGCCAGGAACAAAAACCACCUCACUGACCGGAGGGAUCGCCACAUGUCCUCCUCAAGGAACUCUGGCACUUCAUCGCCAUAAGCAAGCAGAGAUCUACUACAUCCUAUCUGGUUCUGGAGAGGUUGAAGUCGAAGGAGAAAGAUAUUCAGUUUCCAAGAACAAUCUUGUUUGGAUACCAGGAGAUGCAGAGCAUGGAGUUUUCUGCAACAACAACGAACUGAGCUGGCUCUACGUUUUCCCCGAGGAUAGCUUUGAUAAUAUUGUGUAUCGAUUCACUAGUGAGGCGAAGGAUCUUGCUGGAAAGAUAAAGUCUAAGCUAUAGGAGUAUGGAGACAAAGAUCUGGGUCUAUUAGUAUCAAGUCAUGUAUACAUGAACUACAGUAUUCAGCGAG